AGAGUACUUUGCAAGUCUAGAGAGUUUGAGAGAGAGAGAGAGAGAGAGAGAGAGAGAGAUGGCAUUUAAGAGAGGAAACAAUAUGUUUCUCUCUCUAGCACUGUGUGUAUUGAGCUUUACUGAGAUACUAUCAUCAGUGUCAGAAGCACAACUCCAGGUUGGUUUCUACAACACCACAUGCCCCUCAGCUGAGAGCAUUGUGAGGGAUGAGGUAACCAAAGCAGUGACAGCCAAUGCAGCUUUAGCUGCUGGCCUUUUAAGGAUGCACUUUCAUGAUUGCUUUGUUAGGGGUUGUGAUGCGUCGGUUCUCAUCGAUUCAACAACGAAUAACACAGCAGAGAAGGACGCGCCCCCUAACAAAAGCCUGCGCGGGUUCGAAGUCAUCGACAACGCAAAGGCGCGGCUGGAGCAAACAUGUAAGGGAAUCGUUUCGUGUGCGGAUAUACUAGCAUUUGCAGCAAGAGAUAGCAUUGUUCUGACGGGAGGCUAUUCAUACAAAGUUCCCGCGGGUAGAAAGGAUGGGAGGGUUUCGGUGGCCCUCGAAACGCUCGGAAAUCUCCCGCCGCCGUCAUCGGACCUCACGCAACUCACUCAGAUGUUUGCGAACAAAGGAUUCACCCAAGAUGAAAUGAUCACCCUCUCAGGUGCCCACACGAUCGGCUACUCCCAAUGCAGCUCGUUCAGCAGCAGGCUAUUCAGCUUCAACUCAACGAUGAGCCAGGAUCCGAUCCUCAACUCGACGUACGCGUCGCAGUUAAAGCGCCAGUGCCCUCAGGGCAGCUCAAACGCGAGCUUAAGCGUGCCGAUCGAUCUUACGAGCCCGAACGCAUUCGACUCGGGCUAUUACAGCAAUUUGCUGGCGAACCGGGGGCUGUUCACCUCCGACCAGAUGCUGACGUCGGUCAACACGACGGCAGUAGCGCUGGUGAGGCAAUAUGCGAAUAACUCGGCGUUGUUCUUGAGCAGUUUCGCCACGGCAAUGGUGAAGAUGGGAUAUAUUAAUGUGACUACUGGGAGUAAUGGAGAGAUAAGGGCAAAUUGUAGGGUGAUUAAUUGAUGAAAUAGUAAUGUCCUUCCUCAUUGUUCUAUGUUUAAUGUUUGAUUUUGAUUAUGAUUUUUUUUUAAUUCUCUCUCAUUGUUCAAGUUUUAGUUGUUGUGAAAACCUGAGAUAUAUAGGUAGUUAUGUUAGUUGUUUUUUCUAUUUUUUAUUUUUGGGUGGUGGUGAAAUAUGCACAUGAAACAAUGAGAAGGCCAAGAAUAUGGGAGAAGAUGAUGCUUAACAAAAUAAUUCACUACAUGUAUGAUCAAAUUGCCUUAUGUUUCAUAAAAAGAUCCAAAUUUAAAUUCAAAUUCAACGAGGACAAAAUAGGACACAGACACAAGAAGGCUAAGAUAUAAUAUCAUGCUUAACUAAAUGUGAUUAAAACAUUUGUAUUUUCACUGUUUUCUAAACAAAUCUUCGUAGUUUACAAUUUUAAAAACUUUCCUCCUUAAUCAAUAUUCUCAAGAGUUAAAAAAAAGAAAAGAAAAAAGAGUGAAAUCCUCCAGGGUCGAUUGAUAACUUUCGGAUCCAACCAUUUACACCGGGUUUUCUUUGUCUUAACCAAGAAAUAAUGAGAGAUCAUUACUAACCAUAAAAUCAUAGGAAGAGUCGAAAAGAGCAUGUUAAUAUAAGGAGGAGAAGAUAGAGCAAUUAUCCUCGGAGUCAAAUGAAAUACCACCUAUUUGUGUUUGUUUAACGGCGGUCUAUGGAGGAGGUAAGGUGCUUUGUUUUCUCUUGUAUAUUUUAGAACAUAAAUGUAAUAUAAUAAAAUGUAGAACAUACAAUACAAUGCGAUACGAUUCGUAGUUUAUUCUCUGUGAAUGAAUGCAAUAAACAUCAAGAUCUUCUCUUUUAUUCUUUUGAUAUUGGUAUGUAUGAAAUGGUUGAAGCAGAUUGUCAAACAUAAGAAAAGAGAAGCAAGACUGUAGUGAUAGAAACAGGAUUUUUUUUUAUUUCUUGUGUAUUUCUGUGCUUUUCUGUUUGUGUGUGUAGAGAGAGAGAGAAAGAGAGAGAAAGAGAGAGAGAGAGAGAGAGAGGUUUAGUGAUAUAAUAAUCAGGAGAAGCUUUGAACAAGAUCUUUCAGAUCACCGACCGUCCCUAACGCAAGUGGCAAAGGGCUUGG